AUGGGCACAGCGCUGACCAGUGUGACGUACGAGGAACCGGAACUCUGCAGCGAUGCAGAGUUUGAGUGCGCGCCCGGCGUCUGUGUUCUGUGUCCUGCUGGAUCAUGCCAGUGCGAUGGAUGGCAGGACUGCGAGAAUGGUGCGGACGAGGAUGUUUGGGGCGUGCUGUUGCAGAGAAACGUCAAUUCCUUGGCCAUUGGUCUCCUGCUUUCUGCCAGGUCAACGAAAAUGGCACAGUCGCUGGGGAUGAUCCAUGCUUUGACCAGUCAGGCAUUCCUUGCAACAGUCGCCUGGAUGCAAGUGUGGGAGACAUGUUAUGAGAUGACAGCUUCAGUGGCUGUAGCCAUGCACCCAAGGUGCGUCCCAAUCUCGCGAACAUGCGAUGGCGUGCAGGAUUGCCCUGGCGGAGAGGAUGAGGAAGGCUGUCCGUCCUUGCCAGAGUCAGACGACAGCAACUCCUCUGAUAAUGCGACCUGGGUGGCUGCCGUCUUCUUCGACUCCACAGAGAUCAAGUGCGCGAAGCUGGCGCAGCCGGACGGCGUGGUCACGCCGGAAGUUCAGCUGAUGGCUUGCUCGCUGGAGGCAGUCGCUCCUCAGGUGCUGGACGUGGCCAAGGCGACCUUCAUGCGGACGGAGGUGGACAAUGCCAAUGGCCAGGUUUCCUUCGGCGCCCUGCGCUGUGCCGUGGGGCCCAACUUGAAGAAUCACGAGAUCAUUGGCUUGGCGACGGCAGAGAUGGCGUACAAUGCGGACAACACUUCCAAAGUAGUGAAGUGCUACUGCAUGCAGCGCAUGUACCUCGAGCCAGAGGUGUUCUUGGCGCUUGCUGAAACGGACAAGCGGGCUACGAUGUGCGCCGAGUACAUCGGCAUCUCGCAGGGCAACUAUCACCGAUCCUGGAUACGUGUCGGCAUCAUCGUCCUCUUCAACGAGCUUUUUGAGGCGCUUAUACGCGGGACCUCCACUUCCGUGCGCUACAAGGAUGAGACUACGAGGCUCGUGCGACACUUCAGGAACCUUUUCUGGUUUUGGUUGCUGAACUCGGCCCUGAUCCCGGCCUUCGUGAGCUGCACCAUCCCGGCACGGGGGCUCGGAGGGCCUCGGGCUUUCGACCUUGCAAGCUGGGGAUUUUAUCUGGUAAGACCAGCUUUCCCCAGGCCUUCUGGGGUUGGCUCCUUCGGACCCUGGAGAUUGAGGGGACGGACGUAG